AUGCCCGCCUGUGCGACUGACCUCCGCCCUUACGCACAGCGCUCCGAAGCCUCGCACCUCCUCGGUCCCGACCAAUACCAGCACCAGUACGGCGCCGUUGCCCAACAAGGCCCGCACAUGGGCAUGAGCGCUCCUCAGCCCGACCCUGAGGAAAUCAGGCGCCAGCGGGAUGCCCUCGAGCGCAUCUGCGCUCAGACAUCCGACAAGUUGAUUGAUGUUUCGCAAUCCGCCCACCCCGACGAAGGCCACAAGAUGCACAGCGAAUACCAUCGUCUCUUCAUGGAGCGCUUCCCCGCCGUGUCCCACCCCGAAGACAGCCGGCCGUCGUCCUCUGGAACCGCCGUUGACAAUGAUGAAACCGCCUGGCUGGCCGAAGUCACAAAGGCGCAGGGCGACGAGGGCGACUGGGAGCACGUCAAGGUCAUUGACAACGGCUCCCUCACCAUCCAAUUCGACGAAGUCCUGGGCCUGGAUCGCAGAUCUGCUCCCUCGCCUGUCAGGCUAUAA